UUUUGUGUUGCUAAAGUUUACAGCAAGUACUUUCAGUGAGUGUGUGAGAGGGGUGUGUGUAAGGCAGGGGCAGCCAGCCAAAGCAGAGAGAAGGAAGGGGGGCGAGAUGUGACCUAUACUACACUGGUGGCUGUAAACUCUAAAUCGGGGUGCAGCCAUGGGUUGCAGAGCCAGUAAAAUGUGCUGCCCCAGACCCAGGAACAAGAGUCGGCAAAAAGCAAAGCAGAGUGAUCAGACAUCUCGAGAGCUUAAUGACUUGACGGAUGAUGGGUCCAGUGAUUUGCUGCAGAAGAUCAAGGAUCAUGAGCAAGAACUCAGGAACCUCCUUCAGAGACACCAGGAAGAGAAGAUUGCACUGGAAGACGUAAACAAAGCCAAGCUGGAAACCCGGGAACGUGAGCUGCUGGACCAGGCUAGGCGAGAUGCAGAAGUGGAGAUAGAGAAGCGUCUUUCAGAACAGACCUCGAUCAUUAAAAGUGAUAUGGAAAGGAAAUGUGCAGAGCUACAGGAAAGUCACAGCCAGCAAAACGCUUCUCUCACAGAAACCUACCAAAAAUUAACCACUUCCCUUCAGGAAACCGUGGCUGGAUUAAAUGCCCAGUUGGCUUCUUUCCGAGAAAAAAUGAAACGCGUCGAGGACUCUGUCUUGAAUCAAGACUACAAAAGACAUGUGCAGGACUAUGGGAGCCCGGGUCAGUUCUGGGAACAAGAGCUGCAGAGCUUGCACUUUGUAAUUGAAAUGAAGAAUGAGCUGAUCCAGGAACAAGACAAGCGGCUGCUCAUCCAGAAAGACACGAUGGACAGAAAUGUGAUAUUAGAGGAGAAAGUGAGGGCCUUGCAACAGGAGACGGAGGCCUUGAGAGUGCAGACCCAGAACCAGGCCAUGCGGACAAUCCGUUUGACCGAGGAGCUUUUGAGCACCCAGGUUGCCCUAGAAAAGGAACAACAGCUAAGAGAACAGCUUCAACAUGACAAAGAGCAGCAUUUGUACCGGGCAGUGAACGGAGACGGACCUCCGCCAUUCUCACUGCCCGUCGCCAACCAGGAAGUGUCCAUAAUGGUAACCUAGGCCAGAGGACUGGAAGCUCACUUUAUCCUAAGGACCUCAGUAUAGACAGCUGAUUCAAAAACUGUUUUAUGUCACGACAUCAACUGUUUUGGCAGUAGGGCACAAUACCUACUCUCAUGGAAACAGACUAAAGUUGUGUUGUAUUUAUUAUAUUUAAUUAUUGAAUCAUUAUAUGCGUUUCUUGUCACUGGCAUCGAUGACUGACAACAGCGAAUCACUUUCUCCUUACAGAAUUAUCCAUCUGAAAUCUUUUCACCAGAAUAACUGCACAAAAGUGUCUAAAACUCACGUGUUUUACUUUCUGUACACUUUAGACUUUAUAUUGUGAAGACCAGACUAUGUAUGGAGAUUGUAGAAGUUUUUCUUCAAUUGCAGUUUUAAAAAAAUCCUGUUUUUUGGUGUUCCUGUUGAACUACAAAUCCCAGCAUGUCGAUAGCCCACUGUUAGGAAUUCUUAGAUCUUACAUUUGCUCAAAUAUCAAUGUGAUAUUACACAGGGUUUUCAAUAUUUUUAUUGGAUUAAUUUACUGUAUGCUACGGCGCUAUCUCCCUGUAUUUAAUAAUGUUAUGUUCAGGGAUCCAUUUUGUGUCAUCUCUGUCUGAUUAUAUAAAUACAUUGCUAAAUAGCAUAAAAGGUAGCCAUAAAGAUAAAUUACAGUAUUUAGUAAACGUUUCAGAGCAGAGUGUUCAACAAAUUAUAAUCUUGAGAAGGUGGGAAAUCCCUUUAAAGGAAACUGCAAGUGGUUUUAUUUGUUUGUUUUUAUUUCUUUGCUGUGUGCAGUACCAGUUUACAGCCUGCAGAGGGUGCUGUGUUCCCUACAGAAAUUAUUGCAGUGUAAAUGAAAAAGUAUUGGGGGUCAUUCCGAGUUGUUCGCUCGUUAUUUUUUUCUCGCAACGGAGCGAUUAGUCGCUAAUGCGCAUGCGCAAUGUCCGCAGUGCGACUGCGCCAAGUAAAUUUGCUAUGCAGUUAGGAAUUUUACUCACGGCAUUACGAGGUUUUUUCUUCGUUCUGGUGAUCGUAAUGUGAUUGACAGGAAGUGGGUGUUUCUGGGCGGAAACUGGCCGUUUUAGGGGAGUGUGUGAAAAAACGCUACCGUUUCUGGGAAAAACGCGGGAGUGGCUGGAGAAACGGAGGAGUGUCUGGGCGAACGCUGGGUGUGUUUGUGACGUCAAACCAGGAACGACAAGCACUGAACUGAUCGCACUGGAAGAGUAAGUCUCGAGCUACUCAGAAACUGCACAGAGAAGUCUUUUCGCAAUAUUGCGAAUCUUUCGUUCGCAAUUUUGAUAAGCUAAGAUUCACUCCCAGUAGGCGGCGGCUUAGCGUGUGCAAAGCUGCUAAAAGCAGCUUGCGAGCGAACAACUCGGAAUGAGGGCCAUUGUUCCUUGCUUUUAAUGUUACUUGUGAUACUCCAUGAGCAAUCUGUGUAAUCUUGUUUUUUAUCUGAAAUAUCCCUGCUAUAUAUAGAUUUUACAGUGACACUUUAGCGCUUCAAAUGUGCAGUGACAUUUUGAUUUUAGCUCUUCAGAUGUACAGUUUAACCUCGGUUUCAUAAGUAUCAGUAAUAAAUAUUUUUUAUCAUC